UUAAAUAGGUAAUAAUACCCAAUUUCUUAGCUGCGAAGCCAUGUUUCUCUCUCUCUCUCUCUCUCUCUGUUUAUAUAUAUACCUCAUCUCUAUAUAACCCUUCCCCUUCUCUCUCAUUAGGUCUCUGUGAACAAUAACGCAUUCGCCAAAGAUUUUAUAGCUGUUGGAGAUGGGUUUCAACACAGUUUAUAGGGUGCUGCAGGAAAUUUUUCCACAGGUAGCAGAGGUUGAUACUCGCUUACUGAGGGCUGUUGCUGUUGAGCAUCGAAAGGAUGCUGAUGCAGCUGUUGAGGCUGUCCUCAAUGAGAUUAUUCCUUUUCUCUCAGAAAGAACUAUGGUUACUAGUUCUUCUAAUGAGAAAGGGAUUGUGCUAAAUUCACCUGAAGCUGUUACAGAUGCCAAUACAACUUCUCAGAGUGAUGAUACCCUUCUAGUGGACUCAACAUGCUUGGAUGAGGCAAAUGCUUGGACUCAAAAUGGUUCUUCAUUCUAUGAUGCAAAUGAUGGACAUGAUCAGGUAUUUCGAGGUGAUGGAAAUGACGAAUUGGUUUCAUCAGAGAAAUGUCAUGAGAGCAACGACAAAGUUGGGCUUGAUAUGUCCUCCAAUGCCAUGUCUGUCGCAUUGAUGCAUGAAGCUGGUGCAAAUGAUGAGCAUCAUCAUCAUAACAAACAGGGAACUGCUCAAAGUGAAGAGAUCACGUCGUUGUGGAAAUAUGAAGAAAGCAGACCCAUGGUUGGGUUUGAUCAAAGUUCACAUUCAUUGUCAACCACAUUGGAAUAUGGUGAUGUUGGUGCCAAUGGACGAAUGAAUAGUAGUGUACGUGAUGUUUUGGGAAACUCUGAUAGGCCUGCUGCAUGUGACUUAGAUAUGGCUGAUCAGGGAGAAAUCCAUCAAGAGCUGUUAUACAUGGAUGGCAACAUUUUGGAAGCAAAAAAUUCUAUGGUCCAGCUGACUGCAUCACCUGCUAAAGAAUUGACACAAAAUGCUUCAGAAAGCAGCCUUCAGUUAGUUGCCAUGCCUGAUAUGCUAACUGCUGAUGUUGCACAACCAGAACUAACUGAUUCUAUCAAUGCUGCUUCCAAGAAUUAUAUUUCCGCUAAUGAAAUGCUUCUUCUUGAUGGUGACUCUACCUUGAAUGAUGUGAUUACACGAUCUGGCCAUAUAUGUAGCAUUGCUCUUCUUGAGGACAUCAUUGAAGAUGCAAGAAGUAACAAGAAAACCUUGUUCUCAGCCAUGGAGUCAGUUAUUAGCUUGAUGAGAGAAGUGGAACUUCAAGAGAAAGCUGCAGAAGAAGCCAAAGAGGAAGCUGCUGGGGCCGGCUUGGACAUACUCAUAAGGGUGGAAGACCUUAAACAGAUGCUGCGUCAUGCAAAGGAAGCAAAUGACAUGCAUACUGGAGAAGUAUAUGGAGAGAAGGCCAUCCUAGUUACUGAAGUCAGGGAGCUUCAAUCUCGUGUGCAUAGCUUGUCAGAUGAAAGGGAUAAAGCUCUUGCGAUUCUUGAUGAGAUGAGUCAAACCCUUGAGGUACGCCUAGCUGAAGCGGAGAAAUUGAGGAAGGAAGCAGAGCGGGAAAGGCUAGAAAAGGUAGACACUGCACAGAAAGCAAUUUCCGACCAAGAACUGAUCAUGGAGAAGGUGGUUCAAGAGUCGAAUAUACUAAAGCAAGAAACAGAGGAGAAUUCUAAGUUACGUGAGUUCCUCAUUGAUCGUGGCCGUGUUGUUGAUAUGUUGCAGGGAGAAAUAUCUGUUAUAUGUCAAGAUGUGAAGCUGCUGAAAGAGAAGUUUGAUGACCAUGUACCACUUAGUAAAUCUUUUACAUCCAGCCAAACAAGUUGCAUCUUGGCCUCUUCAAGCUCAUCUUCGAAGAGUAUGUCGCCUGAUCUAGUGCCCGAGCGAGCUGAUCCAUCCGAAACCCCAAAGACUAGUCCAAUAUCCUCUGUUCAUGAGCAGCUUUCCUAUGGAGAAGAGAGAUACAAAGAUGAUCGCAAGGCACUCGUGGAAGAUGGAUGGGAAUUCUUUGACAACCGUGAAUUUGAUAUGUGAGUUCUGUAAAUAUUGAGGAUAUAGCUAAGUAAGAAAACUCCUUCAAAAAGAUUAUAUUUAGCAACUUUGGAGGUUGCCAGAUAUGAGCCUCUUUUCCUAUUUUCUUCUGCUAAGUAAGUUUGUGAUAGAUCUCUAUGAAAUUUCACUACUUUAUAGUCCGUGAUUACAAUGGAACAGCAUUGGGCCACACAUUGGUGCAAAUAAUAUUGCUGGUUUUCUUAUGUACAGCAUAGCAUGGAUAUGAAAAUAAAUAGUGCAGGUAUUUUGUGAAGUUGUAUCUUGUAUUUCUUUGCAUUAUCUAGAAAAUGCAACAUGUUAUGUUCUUCUUAUAUGGCAUUGAA